UAUGAAAACUUUUCACUUAGUAAGCAAACUCUCUUUGCAGUUGAUAUUUUUCCUAAUAGCAUUCAAUUUUGAUGAAACGACUCAACUGAAUCUUCUGAAUGAUAUCCCAGAAAUAAGAGAUAAUCUAAAAGAUAUUAACAUCGGGGUGUUAUCUGCACUGACUCAACCGACUGGCAAUUUACAAUGUAAUAACUCGCAAUAUGCAAUUAACCCCAGGUUUCUACAGAGUUUAUACUUUUUAGAACAAGGUAUAAGCGAAUUUAACAAGAAUAAAGAACACUUCUUCAACUUUACUAUUGGAUACGUUUUUAUGGAUACUUGUAAUACUAUUGGAGAAUCAAUUGAUACAUCUCUUAAGCUCAUACCAAAAAAUGAUGAAGUUUACUGUAUAAAUAAUUCAAGUGAAACUGAUUAUUUCAAAGUCCAGGCUGUUAUUGCUCCUACCAGCAGUUCGGAGUCAGUUAUAUAUUCGCCUAUUCUCAGUAGAUAUCGCAUUCCUCAUAUGAGUCCUUUAGCAACUAGUGACGAUUUAAGCGAUAAAGAACGCUUUGGAUACUUUUCUCGUAUAGUAAGUCCUAAUAAAUUUCAAGCCGAUGCUCUAAUUGAUUUUAUUAUCAAUUUUCAAUGGAAUUAUAUUUCACUUUUGUACGUUGAAGGUCCAUAUGGUGAAAAUUUAGCCAAAGUUUUUCGAAAGAAUUCAGCCAAAAAGGGUAUUUGUAUUGCCAUCGAUGAAAUGAUUUCUUUAGACAAUCCUAUUGGUGAUAUAACAAGAGCAAUAGAAAAUAUUCAAUCCAUUAACAAUGCCGAAGUUAUAGUGACAUUUCUAGAACAAAGAGAAACUCAACUAUUUUACGAACAUUUUAGUAAAUCAACUGUUAAUAAUAAAAGGAUAAUACUUGCUUCCGAUGGAUUGAGUCUAUUUCAAAUUCCUUCAAUUUAUAAGUUAAGAGCGAUAAGGACUUUUGGUAUUACACUCCAAUAUACUCCAUUCCCCAAUUCAAGGUCUAUUCUACAAAACAUAAGUCCUCAUACAAAACCCGAUUUGAUCUAUCUACGAAAAUAUUGGUCAAGAAUCUUUCAAUGUUCAUGGAAUACAACAAACUCUAAAUUACCUUUAUGCGAUCCGAAAGCAAAUUUAAGCCAAAUAGAUUUUCAAGUGUCGGGCGAUUCACUGGAAUAUGACUGUUUAACAAUAGUAGUUCAGGCAAUGAAAAAUGUUAUUCGUAAAUAUUGCCCUUCUGUUUCCCGUAGUGACGUACAUCAGUGUCUGUCUGGAGAAAGGCUUUUAAAAGAGAUACGAACUGGUUCGUUCAAUACAACUCUUGGAAAUAUACAGUUUGAUAAAAAUGGGGAUGUUUACGGUGGAUAUAAUCUCGUUCAAUAUACUCACAACGGUAAAUGGAAUGUUGUCGGUCGUUGGAGCAGGGAGAAGCCUGGCGUAGAACCUCUCGAAAAAAUCAUAUGGCCAGAAUCAUAUGUUCCAGUUUCAGUGUGCAGCAAGCCAUGUCCACCAAAGCAUUAUUUUAUCCAAAAGGCGGUGGUAUGUUGUUGGGACUGUCGGAAGUGUCGAAACAAUGAAAUCGUUAUUGACAAUCGGACUGGAUGCGAAGAGUGUCCCGAGUUUUUUUGGCCAGAUAGAGAAGCGUUGGAAUGCGUGGCUAUAGAAGCUGACUACCUAAAGUGUGAAAAGAAGAGAAAAGCUAAUACGAGCAUCAUCACUUCCUCUGACAUCGAUUAUUCUAUUCGCAAUAAAGUUGAGUUUAUUGACAACGUUUUUCUUUCUGAUGAAGCCAAGCGAUGGAAUUUGUGGAGUGAAUAG